GUGACAUUGGCAAUAGGCUCCUCCCACGCGAUUUGACGUGUCUUGUCAACGUUAACGAGUUUUUAGGUUAGGUUACAAUAAACAAAACUUUCUCUGAUAAAGUAAAAAAAUCGGUUUUUUUGUAAAGAAGCAUACUUAAACAAUGGAGCAGUUCUUCACGUUUCCCUUUCAAGUUCUAGAAGUGCCCCAAAUAAAGCUUAAAAAGCCCUCAUGGCUCAGACAGCCGGCCCCAAUGACGGUAUUUACUAUGGUCCUAUUUUCAUAUUUUUUGGUAACUGGAGGCAUUAUUUAUGAUGUGAUUGUUGAACCACCCAGUGUUGGUUCAACGACUGAUGAACAUGGACAUUCCAGACCAGUGGCAUUUAUGCCUUAUAGGGUAAAUGGACAAUACAUCAUGGAGGGUCUUGCAUCAAGUUUCCUAUUUACCCUUGGAGGCCUAGGAUUUAUCAUCUUAGAUAAUGUGCAUAGCCCCACAAUGCCAAAACUAAAUAGAUUCCUUAUGACUGCUAUUGGUCAUAUUUGUGUGUUGGUAUCGUUCCUUACAACAUGGGUGUUCAUGAAAAUGAAACUUCCUGGAUAUUUACAGAAUUAGGUUUAAAGUAAAACUUAAAAAUACAUUUGUGAAUUUUAAUUAAAACACUUUUCUACACAGUAAA